AUGCCAUCGGCUAAUGUUGUCGAUCAAAUAAAACGUGAUCAAUCACCAAGAGAGAAAGAUUAUGCUGUUAGUUCAGGUAGUAAAGUGUAUGAUUAUGAUAAUAAGGAAAACUUAAAAGAACAUUCGAAUGUAUGGUCAAAUAAACCUGAAUGGUAUCGUUAUAGUUCUCUUGAUCCGAAACGACAGCAGACUAUGGAUGACGAUGAUUUUGUUCUUAUAGAAGAUAUUCCUCUAAAGGAAAGUAAAAACUCUAUUCAAAACAUUUCAUCUGAUAACAAGAAGUCCGAUAUGGGUACAAUAUUCAAGUCUUUCUAUAAUGAAAUACAAGAAGAAUUAAAUGUUAUUUUUGGACAACUAAGCGAAUGGCAAUUAUUUCAAACACGUAGAGAAAGAGAAAAAUUAAGACGUAUAACCUCUGUUUAA